AUGAGUGCCAACGGCCAAUUCGGAGAUGGCAUGACCGACAUCAUCCAGGCUCUAGAAGUAUCUCACAGUCCCACCUCGUCGAAUGAAUUGCGUAAAGAAGCUCUCCAAUAUUUGGAAUCCAAGAAGCAGGAUAGCCUAGCUGCCCGCAAUGGAUUUUUACUUGCGUCAAAUCUUGACAACUCGCCGCUGGUUAGGCAUUUUGGCCUAUCACUUCUCGACCACGUCUUGCUUCACACUGGGUUUGCCCUUUCGUCCGCCCAGAUAUUGGACCUGAAGGAAAUGGUCAUACAGCUUGCACAAAGAAUACGAGAGGAAGACCCAAAUUAUUACCGCAACAAGGUCGCCCAGCUGUGGGCCGAGGUGGCCAAACGCAGCUGGGGCAUCGAUUGGAACGCCAUGGACCAGGAUCUUUUCAACCUCUGGAAUGCAACCGCUUUGCACAAAGAGUUGGUGCUAACUGUAUUGGAGACUCUGUCAGAAGAUAUUUUUUUCCGGGAGGACACCGUAUCGUCGUUACGUGGGUCGGACCUGAACAGGGCGUUGGUCGAGGUUUUCACCCCUCUUUCCGUUUUCCGUGAGACUUAUCCAGAAAGAGAGCAGCACCGAUCAGAAAUUCGUUACCAAGAAGACGGCUGGCUGUCAAGAAUCUGUAUCUUGCUAGGAGACUGUAUUGGUAGCGUCAAUACUUCUCGCCAGGCAAAGGAAUGCACAUUGAAGGCUCUUGCUGUUCUUAGGACGGCCUUGGUCUGGUCUAUCCCCAAGGCUAUUAUUUCAUGCAAUAUCGUUACAACGAUAUGCCACAUCCUUAAUUCGCAAAAUGAACACAUUCUUCUGGCAGCUAUAGAGGCCUUACAUUCUCUGUACAGCAGGUCUAAUGUUGACAUUGAGGAGUUUGGGCCAUUGGUCGAGCGCAUCUACAAUGCAGACCAUUUGUCGUUGUUGAGAAGAUUGUACCAAUGGACUGCCGUUGAUGCCGCCGAUAUCGAUGAAACGAGAUAUCAAAUAGCCAAGAAGUUGUCCGAGCUGAUGUCCUACGCUGCCACUUUCUUGGAAGAGAAAGAUCUGGAGCUGCAGGGUACCCAAGGCAUAGAAAUAUCCUUGCUUUUUGAAUUCUUGAUUGAAAUUCUUCGUCACCAGAGCCUGACUGUUUCAAUUCCGGUUCUGCAUUCUUGGUCACGCUUGCUUGCAACGGAGAGGAUCGAAGAAAUGCAAGCUGUAACAAAUUUGGUCGCACCCCUACUCGAAAUAUGCACGCAACGGCUAGUACGCUGGGAAAAUCUUCCCGAAGAUUCAGAAGAUCCCACCAUUCUAUUCCUGAAUGAGGAUAUAGAUACCAUACCCGAGCGUCACGCUUUCGUGGGCAAUUACCGGCGUUAUUGCUCAACCGUGAUAGAGAUAAUAGUUCAGAAGAGACCACAUGAAGCCGUCCCUCAUAUCCUUGCUGGGGUAGAUCAGAAUAUAAACAACCUUUACAGCGGUGUCCAGCCCUUCAGUGUUGCAUCGUUUCAAAAGUUGUCGUUUCCGCUUAUGCGUGCCGAUACGCAGUUUUCCGUCGUUGAAGCAACUUUGAAGGGUUAUCAAAAGUGGAUAAUAGCACAUGGUGGCAGUCCACAACAAGAUGAGCAGCAGCGGACUGCGCUUGAGCUUACAAUAGAGAACUGGGCUAUGAGUCUGAUGCAGAGAAGUUUCGAGGAUCCCGUCCUUAAACAGAGGGUCAUCAGGCUGGUUGUUGAUAUAUCCGCUAAAGCUCUUGACAAAACACCCAGUUUUGCACUUAAAGUUCUGGAACAUAUUUUGAUGACCCACCUCGAGGAACAACGGCAAUAUCCAGCUUACUCGGACGCAGUGAGGGAGCUUCACAGUCUAGCGAGUCAUGAACUGCGCAGGUUGUCAAUGCGAUACGCUGAUUACUUCUUUACAUUCUACGACGUGCUAGAACCCAAGAUACGUGAGAUUGCAGCUGCACAUCAAUUAGAUGAUAAGCUCCAGACUGAACUCAUUUCCGUCUUACUGAUCAUCACGCAACGUACAAAAAACGUUGAUCCCCAUAUCCGUGAGGAAAGACUGAACUCUUUCAUGGAGCCUGUUCGGAACGCUUGGCAAAAUGCAGAUUUCAGGGGUAUGUCGGCUUCCUUCACAGGGUUCUGCGAACUUCUAGGGUUGGAAAAAGUGGGACCGUACAUGCAAAGCAAACAAGCUGCAAAUAUUGAAGAGUGGACGAGUAUUCCCCUAGACGAUUUAGGCAAAGAUAUCCAAGAACAAAUGACGAAACGAUUUCAGCAACUCCCUUUGCGCGGGACGAAGACUUUGCUUGCUGUUUCAACAGAGAAGCUCAAACGAACAGAUCCUGCGUAUGAAUUGGGAUGUGCUCUUUGGCGUGACGUGAUUCCUAUUAUCCUCCCUACAUUAUUGCAAUUGAUUGGUCAUGCCCAUGCCUUCCACAACCCAAAAAACUGGAAUAAUCUUCCAGAUAAUAUGAAGGAUGUUGUAGGUCGAAUACUUACGGAUCGGUUCUGGCAAGCCGGAAUUUCGACGGGAAGUCGUGAUGACUUUUAUACAAAAAUUACCACGUCAAAAGCUACACUUGAAGGAUUUGCGUCAUCCGUUCGGGGCAAGGUCAGAGCGGUACGGGAGUCAUGUUAUUCGAUGCUUUUCAGCAUGAGCCGGUUACGUCAAUACUUUUAUGGAUUUGCAGAAUUGCCAGGUCCAUUAUCCGAAGCUCUAUUCAGCGACUCAACUCACUUGUCUUCACAUCAGUUCUCUGUUCUGUUAAAUAUCUCUCGCUGCCUCAUUGACGACUGCCCAGUUCAGUUUCGCGAUCACUUCCUGCCACCCAUGAUCAGCACUUUGUUCACCCAAAUCGACAAGAAGGUCACACAGGAAUGGGAUAUUAUAGAGCAACGUAAAACAGGCCUUCUGGAGGGCGAUUUGACUGAGGAAAUGAAGGAUGAAAGUAUUCUUCGUCAAUUAACCUAUUCCGCGGUCAUUAUGGUUGCCAGUCUUCUGGAUCCCCAGAGAGGUGAUCCAGAGGCAAUAUCUAGCGAUGAACUCAGCGCACCUCAAGCACCAGUGUCGCUUGCAAACUCAAUGAGACACUUUGUACUUUCGAAUCCAACAAUCUUGGAACCUGUUUUCAUGUUUUGCACUCAUGCUCUUCGUAUGCGAGAUACCAGAUGCGGCAGCAUCAUCACCAGAGUCAUUCGUUCCAUUCUUGUCGAUUUUGCUCCUCCUGUCAAUACUCCCACAGCAAUUACCAUUCGAGAGUUUAUCUCUACAGAAGUACUUCGUGCAUGCAUUACGUCGGUUCACGAACCAUAUUUUGUCGAUAUGCAACGAGAUCUCGCAACAUUGAUCGCUUCGAUAUGGGUACUUUACGGCCCAAGCACACCUGCCCCCCGUUCGGUGAUGCUCAGUCUACCGGGUAUGACCGAGCAACGAGUUUCUUACACAGAAACAUCCCUCAUGAGCUCAACUUCAGGUCGCCAGCAACGCGCGCUUGUUUUGGAUUUACUAGAAGGGCUACGGGGGGUCAGCAUCUCCGAGCAAGGAAAGAUCAUUGGAACACGGGAAGAGCGCCGCAAGGCUCGCAGCGCUAUGCAACAGCGAUACAUGUCGACGGCGCCUGCGGAUAUGGAAGGCCAGCAAAAACUCAAAGUCGACAUUGAUGAUGGCCCCGACCUUGGCGGAAUAGCGGACAUGUUUGGUUAG